AUGCUCAAGCCCUCGUCGCUUUCCAUUAUACUAUACGCGGGAUCUAACAUACCAUGGCCAGUGAACAAGCCUAGCUCAGUGGGUGACUCUAAACCGCCACGCCGUCCUGUCCCCCCGAUCACUCUCGCACGGAACAAGGCGGGCACCCUCGUCAACCCUAAUCGCACAUACAAGCCGAAGGUCUCCCGUGGCCGUGCUCGUAACAUGACCCUCAACAAUUCUCACAGGCCUUACCAAGGUCGUCGCGUAUCAAGCAAACGCAAGGUCAACAAGCCAUGCGCACGAUUUACAACAACAGGUGCUUGCAAUCGUGGCCUGACUUGCAUGUAUCAGCACGAUCCCACCAAGAUCGCCAUCUGCUGGAACUUCUUGCAGGGCAACUGUCCCAACACAGCGGAAACUUGUGCUCUCUCGCACGAUCCUACUCCAGAACGCACGCCGCUCUGCGUGCACUUUGCUAAUAACGGUCGGUGUCACCGCGCCAACUGCCCCUUCCCCCACGUGCGCGUAGGCAAGCGUGAGGGUGUCUGCCGCGACUUCGCGGUGCUCGGCUACUGCGAAAAGGGCCUCGACUGCGACAAGCAACAUGUUCGUGAAUGCCCCGACUUUGCGGAGAAAGGGGAGUGCACUACCAAGGGAUGCAAGCUUCCGCAUGUUAUCCGCGCCAACCGCAACCGCAAGGCUGCGAGCAGCGCUGGCUCCAAGGAUGCUUCUGCUGGCCAGACUUCCCUACGAGCUGAUGCCUCUGUUUCUUCUAACUCUGCUACUGCUGAUGCCUCCAGCUCUCACCCUGUCACUGCUGAAGAGGCUCAGCUUGGUGACGAGUUCAUCUCUCUUACUUUCCAUGAAAGUGGGAGCGAUGAUGAUAGUGACGAAGAUGACGAUGACGAGAGUGAUGACGAUGAGGAAGAUGCCAAUGAAGAGGUCAUUGAGACCCAUGACUCAGAGUGA